GGAGGGGUGCAGGGUGAUUGGACACGCUAGGUGCCUCUCUGUACAAUGCUGCAGAGCGCCGGAGUUGUCCAUGAAUAUGGAUGAGAGAGAGCGGAGAGGGUGAUGCAGUAGGAAGAUUCCCCCUUAGUCCUCCGCCGCUUGAACAAUACACAGCCUCUCUGCCUCCAACACACACACACACAGACACACACUCACACACACUCACGUAGAUACACACACGUACAGCAGCUGCAUAAAGAUCUCACACAAUCAGAGAGAGAACGAGCAAGAGACGGGGCGCUCUGUGGGGAUGGAGAGAAGGACUCUCUGACGUUGUCCCCCUGUAUCUUGGAGACUAACCCGGAGAAAGAGGGGAGAAAAGAGGUUUGACUGGCUGAAUUCUUCGACGCUGAACGCUCUUCUCCAUGCCCAUACAGCCGCCGGCUCUUUUGCGCCCUGCGUUCAUGGCCGUCUGAGCUGAUCUGGACCACAAGCUCGCCACAAUGGAAGAGGGUGAGUACUUCCUGAAGGUGCUGAUCCCCAGCUAUGCGGCCGGUUCGAUUAUCGGUAAAGGAGGACAGACCAUCGUCCAGCUACAGAAAGAGACCGGCGCCACCAUUAAACUGUCCAAAUCUAAAGACUUCUACCCAGGUACGACGGAGCGUGUGUGUUUGAUCCAGGGUACAGUGGAGGCUCUCAAUGGAGUUCAUAACUUCAUCGCGGAGAAAGUGCGCGAGAUGCCACAGAGCAGCCAGAAGAGCGAACCAGUCAGCAUCCUGCAGCCCCAGACUACAGUUAACCCUGACCGCGUCAAACAGGCCAAGCUAAUCGUACCCAACAGUACAGCAGGGCUGAUUAUUGGGAAGGGUGGAGCCACGGUGAAGUCCGUGAUGGAGCAGUCAGGUGCAUGGGUACAGCUCUCCCAGAAGCCUGAGGGCAUCAACCUGCAGGAGCGUGUGGUCACCGUCAGCGGCGAGCCUGAGCAGAACCGCAAAGCUGUGGAGAUUAUUGUACAAAAGAUCCAGGAGGACCCGCAGAGCAGCAGUUGCCUGAACAUCAGCUACUCCAACGUCACAGGCCCCGUGGCCAACUCUAACCCCACCGGCUCCCCAUACGCCAACAGCACCGAGGUCUUACCCAAUGCCGCCGCCGCUGCCACAGCCUCCACCCUGUUGGGCCAAGCAGGUCUGGCCGGCAUGGGUGGCUUCCCUGCAGCCAUGUCCAGCUUGUCCGGGAAUGAUCUGCUGGCCAUCACAUCAGCUCUAAACACACUAGCCAGCUAUGGCUACAACACCAACACACUGGGACUCGGCCUUAACCCAGCUGCUGCGUCCGGGGUUCUCGCCGCAGUCGCCGCUAGUGCUAACCCUGCAGCCGCUGCUGCAGCUAACCUGCUGGCCUCCUAUGCCAGCGAGGCUUCAGGAGGGGCAGGUCACCCUGCUGCACCAAGUCUUGGGGGCUUCUCAUUGGGCUCACUGGCAGCUGCAACAGGGGCCUCCAAUGGCUACCUAAACCCUUCAUCCCCACUUGUGGCAUCCUCACUUCUGGGGACAGAGAAGCUCGGUGAGGGUGGAAAAGAGGUGGUGGAGAUUGCUGUGCCUGAGAACCUGGUGGGUGCCAUCUUGGGGAAAGGCGGGAAGACUCUGGUGGAGUACCAGGAGCUGACAGGUGCCCGCAUUCAAAUAUCCAAAAAGGGCGAGUUCAUCCCUGGCACGCGCAACCGUAAAGUAACCAUCACAGGGUCUCCUGCAGCAACGCAGGCCGCCCAGUAUCUCAUCAGCCAGCGGAUCACUUAUGAGCAAGGCGUCCGCGCCACAAAUCCACAGAAAGUGGGCUAGAGACGGAACCCGAGCAGGGGGAAGGGGAACAGCGAGGAAAGGGACACGAAAGAGGAAAGAACGAAUGAACAGAUGAACGAUUGGAAGAAAAAAGGGGAGGGAAGUGGGUGGUAUUUCAAAAGGCAUCCAAGUUCAAAUUUCAAAGGAGAGAAAAUAAAAAAAAAUGUAAAAAAAAAGAAAUUUGAAUGGUCUGAGGAACGAAAGAUGCUCAGCUGUGGGCCUGGGGGAAGAAGUGUGUGAUCUGUGAAUAUGAAUUUGUGACUGAAAUUCUGCUGUUUUUUUAUUUUUUAAACUCGUGUCGAUUGGUGUGGAUUGUGAGGGUCCGAGUAUUGAACCCUGUGGCACUCCGAGAGGGAGGAGUCCUAGACCUCAUCUCCUCUCUCUCCCACAGCCAGGGGCCAGCUAGGUUCCGUUUUGUUUUUCUGUCGUUGGCAGAGCUUGUACAAAUUAGUUGAACUACUUGACAGGGGCCUCAGCCCGGGAGAUGGGUUUCCCAGUGACCCCUCUUUGGGUCAGCUCAAUAUAAGUGAUACCACUCUUUACAGAUGUAUAUGUGUUUCCGGCCUGUGUUCAAAGCAGUCUGGCAGUCUGGUUGGGUUAUCUAUACAAGCGGAAGCUAAGCAGAAACUUUGAAACGUUUUAUUGCCUCCUAUUCAUGCCGGCUUGUGUCGAACUGAGGCAUGAUCAGACACGCUCGCUAGCCGCUUCAGAUCAACAUUACUGGCUUUCUUCCGUUAAUCGGACAGCUCCGAUAUUUCUCCAUCACGGUUGGUUCCAUAAGGCCUCACCCUGACGCUUUUAGAUAUUACUUAAACCUGUGAUUCCAGGUUGACCUGAAUGUAUAAAGACUUACUAAUCUUGAUAUUUUUUAUAUGUGAUUAGAGGAUCAAACCGAGUCUCCGUUUAGCAUCAACAGCUAAACUCAGUUGAAGAAAGGUAGACAGACAACCAAUGUCAAAGGUCAGACGCUUUGUUUGAGAGUACAGGAAUGUAAACACACAACCCACACACACACACAUACACACACAAACACAUCAACACACCUUGCAAGUGCAGUUUAGUCAAUGAAUCCCUCUUUGGUGCUAUGAGAAAUUCACUGAUCAGACAUCAAAGAUUUAAGAAAUUUCAUGUUCUUAUAGAUUUUAGCCUUUUGGGGUUGCGUUCUCUUUACCCCGAAUUGUUAAUUGAGAGCAAUUUUGUGAUUUGGUUAUAACGCCAUUACUGAGCAAAUGAGCCACACAUUAGAGAUUCUCUUUCUUGCUAUUCGAAAAAAUAAAAACACUCCAACAAAAUCACCCACCAACUAUCUCUUAUUUGAGAUAACCGACACAGCACUGAAUCACUCGGUUGAUCUAAGACCUUCAAAUCUCUUGCACUUAAAAAGUGAGAAGACCUGACUGGACACAGGUCACACCUCUACACUGCUCUUGUUUUUGUGACUGGAGGGUUCAGGUGACAGCUAGGCACAGUAACAUCACCUUUAUUAAACGAACACCUACAGUAUUAUACCACACUAAUCACUUGUAGGUGUUAAAUACUGGUGAUUUAAAACUGUGGGUAUUUUUUUUUGGUUUGUUUUAUUGUUUUUUUUUUCUAUGAACUGAGCUCAAGCUGAUAUACCUCAUGUUUGGACAGAAUGGGAAAAAACAAGAUUUACAGUUUGUAUGCAGUUUAACCAAGCCCUCGGUUGCGUUCCAGUUGUUGCCUAGUUCACUGCUGAGCGACCUGCUCUUGAUGUCAGGCUGUCUGCAGAGGUCUGGCAGUGGAAGGGAGUGAGCGUAUACAAUGCGACACAGCCUUCAUAAUAAUAAUAAUAAGCUGUUAUCCACACUGACGCUGGUGCAAUCUGGCUUGGUGUAGAUCCGUGUGGUACACAGUUGAACAGAGACCGUCCUUCUCUGAGAAACUGCACAGUGCAGGCUUUAGCCUUUCCUACGUCUCCCUGUUCUGGGCACUCUCCAAGCGCUGCCCUAGCAUUAUACCUCCCCCUUCCCGUAGUCAACUCGCCGUCCAUUGCGUUGUAGGAUGCGUUUUUUUGAAAAACAGCAUGGCAGACUACUAAAUAGCAUUUCUUUCGUAACGGUCGCACAUAGAGAAUCAAUGUUUCUGCUGCUAACUGCAUUUUAUUUUAGUCCAGCGAGGGAGAUAUAAGAUACAGAAUGCGCAGGGACUCUUGUACAGAAAAAACAAGAAGGCGAUCUCUUUUAAACCACACUGUGAAUUGAGCGGCCAGCGCCAUCCAAAACUCUGGAAUGUACUGUACAUAUUACACCGUUCGUUAACACACAGCACGGCAGGGCUAAGCAAAGAACCAGAGCGAGCACAAGGACAUCAUGAAGCCAGGGGCUGAUCCAGUUCACCUGUGGAUGUGAGGGGCCAACAGUUUCUGCCGUGGAACCAUGGUCUGAGACAGUUCUGCCGUGGUGCUGUAGAACCAUGGUCUGAGAUGAUUCUGCCAUGAGAUUGUUUUUCCUUGGCACUAUGGUCUUUUGUUGUGGAACCAUGGUGCAAGACAGUUCUGCCGUGGAACUGUGGUGCAAUACUAUUCUGUCGUUGUACCGUUGUCUCAGUUGGUUCUGCCGUGGAGCUAUGGUCUGAAACGGUUCUACCAUGGAAUUGUGAAAUGGUUCUGCUGUGGAACCAUGGUCUGAGACAGUUCUGCUGUGGUGCCAUGGACAGUACUGGUGUAGAACCAUGAUCUGAUACGACUCUGCCAUGAAACUGUGAGAUUGUUAUUCCUUGGAACUACGACCUUAGACAGUUUUGUUGUGGAACCAUGGUGCAAGACAGCUCUGCCAUGGAACAGUGGUGCAAAACAAUUCUGUUGUUGCACUAUAGUCGUAGUUGGUUCUGCUGUGGAGCUAUGGUCUAAAUUGGUUCUACCAUGGGACCAUGGUUUGAAACAGUUCUGUUCCUGAACUGUUGUCUUCAACAGUUCUGCCAUGCCAUGGAGCCACGGUCUGAAAGUUGUACCUUGGAACCAUGAGAUGGGUCUGCCAUUGGACCAUGGUUUGCAUUGGUUCUACUGCAGAACAGUGGCCUGAGAUGGUUCUGCCGCCCAGUACGAAAGAUUCUUAGGGUCAAUCUAACCGCUCGACAUUCAGACCUGUCAUUAAUUAGCAGAUCUCCAUUUGAACCAUGGUCUUCUAUAUAUAACCGUAUAGCAAUGCCCAAUCUUCUACUGACCUAAAUACACACGCACAAAGACAUUCAUCAACUGCCUCCAAUUCCCAGACCCUAAUCUGCUUUGCAACGAGGGGAGCAGAAACAGAGGGGGAAGGGGAGGAGAAUGAGGGGAAAGGCAGAGAGAGAGAGAGAUCCAUUUAUAUGCAAUUGCAUAAUUGCGAUAAAGGUUGCCGUAAGAAAUCUUAUCCCCAUCUUUCAUGCAUGGGGCUUUUGACAGGCAGUUCAUCAACAAACCAUUUUACGAUAUUCAUCCUUUGCACGACUUCUUGUUACAGAGGAGCAGUUACUGUAUGCCAUUGGUUUUGGGGCUAAAUAAUUCAUUUUUGAGAGUUGAGAUGAAAGAGCGUAUGCAAUUUCAGAAGCACAAGCACAGCACGGCUGCUGCAGCAGUUUGAGCUCUGCGUCGCCGCUGCGCAUUUCGUCUGUAAAAGGGGAAAAUUUAACGUGGCUUGAAUGAAAAAAAAACGGAAAACGGCAACUUGGAACUGAAGGAGAGGCCUCUCUCUCCUGCGCUCUCUAUACCUCUCCUCUUUGCUACCUCUUUGCCGGUGACCUCCUUUCCUCCUGCGGUCUUUCUCUUUUUUUGCCUUCUCUCUCUGGUGUUCUGUCUCCUUUCUGCUGUUGCCUCUUUUUCAUCCACCGUUUGCAUGUCACCUCUACUUUCCCGUCUUCUCUUCCUCCCUUCUCUGCACUCCUCCUCUUGUCUCUGGUUAGUGUUGGCAGCUGAUUCGUUCGCUCUGGGGCUGCAGCGGUGUUCAGAUGUGCCCCCCCACCCCCCCUUUCAUCGGGGCAGUGGAUGACUGUUGGAGCCCAACAUCGCAAGCACUAUUCCAUUUGACUGUGCCGCCAAUCCACAAGCUCACAUCCUGUCUGUGAACUCUGAUCUGGACUGGAAACGGUUCCGUACCUCUACCUAACGCCAUCUCCCGGUAGAUGCUGGCCUUUUACGACUGAUCUAGGAUCAGUUUGUCCUACCCAAACCCUGACCUUCUAAACCGUCGUUUGAGAAACCUCUAAACUGGACUCAGAUCAGUGUAAAAGGACUUUUUUGUUAACGCGCCAAACGCCCUGAAAGGCAGGGAACCGGCGCUCCGAGAAAGGGCCCAGACGUCCACCAGACCCCGGAGCAAAGUCCGGAGCAAAUAACUCGGAAAAAAAGACAGGGACGAACCUCAAGCUCAACCGAUGACGUCACUGUCGUUCGUGUCCGGCGCUCUCGUCUCCUCUCUCGAGGAGAACGGUCUGAGGUCAGUUUUUCUUUCUCCCUUCUCCCCUUUUUUAAUGAAACUGUGGAUUCCGUCCUGUCCCAUGGUCUUCGUGGAACUUUAGUGUCGUUCUCUAGUUUGUAGUCUAAAUGCAGUUGUCUUGCGCCGUGGGUUUCAGUGUGUGAACUCCGUUAUACUCGUGUGUAUGACGACAGUGCCAAUCGAGCCAGAUUAAGAUUAGCUUUCGCCAUUUGUUCGUGCAUUAGAAACGCUCUAAUUGGAGUGCUGGUGUCCACAUCAACGUCACUGAUGAUUUUAGAUCUACAUAAAGAAAAAUGUAAAGAAAUAUUGGAAGCAAUAUUGUAGCAUGUUGUCCAGUUUUUUGUGUUUUUGUUAUGUCCGUUGUAUGAACCCUUGGAUUUAAUACGAUUUUGAAUGAAUAGGUUUACAUGUACUUUUUUUGUAAUACUGUAAGUUAAAAAAUAAAAAAAUGCUGCUAUUUGAUAAGUGAACUAUACGAGAACUAUUUUAGUUGAAAAGAUGUCUGAUCUGUUCAUUAGAGUUAUGCUCGUUUUUGGCAGGAGCACAAACGAGGUGUAUCGAUACUAAUAACAUAGUCAACCUGUGCCAGAUUAGAGCCAUGCAGCUUCUCGACAUGUAGACGUGUGAUCAAGCAUUUUAGAUAUCGAUAACUUUAGACGCAUCGAUCAAGUGCCAAUCAAUCAAUACCUUUUAGUUUGAAACGAAAAGAUAAUCAAAAGAGUUAAAAAAGGAAAAAAAAAACAUGAACAAAGAGCAAUGUCAGUGUUGUUUUUAACUCCAUAGUUGCAUAGAGAAUAAUAAUAAUAGUUCUUUUAUGCAUAAACAUGGUUUUUAUACCUUCGGUCGGAAAACAAAAAACAAAAAAAAAAAAACGAGCAUCCUGUGCAUUUGUUUGACUUGUGGCUUCCACGCAGCUCUUCCUUCAUAUUCUCUCUGUAGGUCGGCAUGGAGUAGGCGUAAACAUGUUAUAAUCAUGUCGUAAAACACGUUAUUAAGCAUUCAUAACAUGUCCCAUUUAUGAAAGUGUGUUUCGUGGAGUUAGAUGUUUAUCUUUUUUGCACGUCUCUAUUGCAUGAUAUCCAAGUGAAUUAUUGGGGGGCGGGGGAAUCAAAACUAACAUGAAAAAAAAGAGAAAACACUAUAAAAAACGGUUUAUUUGAGGCACAGUUUUGCAUGUGGCACAGAUCGAAACACUUUUCUGUUGUAAGCUUCAUUUUUUUUUUUUUUUUUCUUUUCUUUUUUUCAUUUUAUAUCCGAAAUGGGAAGAGCUUUUAUGCCUUUGCAAAACUGUAUGGUAACCAUGGCAACUGGAUCUGCACUGUAAAAAAAAAAAAAACAAAAAAAAAAACAAAAGGUUGGAUCAACAAAAAGGGGAAAAAACAUCAGCCAAAAAG